AUCGAAAAAAGAGCGAUGGGAAGCGUUGACGGUCGAGUCACCGGCCGAUGGGCCCGAGCGCCACUGGCAGCGCUGCUCGGCCUGGUCGCCAUGGUGACCGACCUGGACGGCGGCCGCCCCGACCACCCAGCCAGCUUCCUGUACUUCAGCUACGGCAGCAACCUGCUGCAGCAGAGGCUCCGGCUCAACAACCCCUCGGCCGUGAAAGUCAACGUGGGCUGUCUGAAGGGCUACAAACUUGCAUUUGGAAUUCACAAUAACACUUACAGCAGAUGGGGUGGAGCGUCAGCCACCAUUGUCCGUAGCUCUGAAGAUGAAGUGUGGGGAGUUGUUUGGCGCCUGAACCUUUCUGAGCUUGACUCUCUGGAUAAACAAGAAGGUGUACCAGAUGGGCAUUACAAUCCAAUAGAGGUAAUAAUUAAGCAAAUAAGCCCAGGAGAAGAUCAACUGUGCCGGUCCUAUCAGAUGAAUGUUUCCAAUUAUUCCUUUCCAUCACAGAUUUACAAAGAGGUAAUUUGUACAGGGGCAAAACAAAAUGGGCUGCCUGCUGAAUAUGUGGAGAAGCUGCUUGACAUAGAAACUAACAGUUAUAACGGAACAACACCAUUUAUAUUGGACAUUAAAGAGAUGCUAAAUCAAGUAAAAAACAAUCUAAAUCCUCUCACUAGUUUUGGGAAAGUUGCAGUCUCUUUGUAGUAGAAUUUUGGAUAUUUUAAAUGCGCUGAAUUUGCUUUGAGGCUGUUCUUGUGAGAAGUGCAAUUUUUAUAGAGAUGAAGUACAAUGAAAUCAGCUUUAGGCGGACGGACGCUGGUUAACUCAAACAUAACGGUCAGCCCCGAUUCACUUGCAUCCUUACCUGUUUUAAAUAUGCCAGUUAAUUCGGACAAAAAUCUGGUUAUUCCGGUCAAAAUGGCACGCUGGUCGCCACUGUAUGUCAAGUGGCUCCAAUCAGCCACGAGGGGCUGCACGAUAGAGAUGGGUGGAGUCUAAGAUUGUUUGACAACGGACUCCAGCCUUUCACCAGCGGGUGGAGUUGGGCUGUCAAUCAGUGGGGGGGCGGAGAAAUGGGGAAGAAUAAAGGAGGGAAAUGAUGAUUGAUUGACAGCUGAGCCACUUGUGAAUGGGUCGAGCCCAAACAUUCACAGCCGCCUCCGAGGCUGUCAACCACCUCAGUGCAGCACCAAUUGGUCCCCUUCCCGUCCAGUGGGAACGGCAGUGGGAGGGAGGAGGAGCCACCGCUGCUCCUCUGCUGGCGUGAAGUUAUUUUGCAGCCUAACAAAAUAAAUAUAUUUCACUGAAUUCUGUGAGAGUACAGUAUUUUCAUUCCGGGGUUAAAAUACUCGGUGUCCUGUUUGGUUAGUUAACAAUGCUUCAAGCAAAACAACAUUAUUACAUAUUAUUAUACGGUGUCGGCAGCACUCUGCUGGGCAGGAAUGGUAUUUCAGCUAACCUCGGACACCUCUUAACCAGACAAAACAGAUAUCCCCGAUGUGUCCGGCUUAACAGGCUGUAAUUUACAGUAGUUUAUUUGUGGGUGAUUUGCAAACUAGAAAUAUGUGGUAUAAUGAAGAGUACAUUUUGGAAAUGGAAUUGUGCACAAGCAUGUAAUGCAUAGAUCUUCUGUUUUGAAAUGUUUAUUUUCUGCAAUAUUUUCAUGGUUACUUUUACCAGUUUCACUGGUUCUGGCAGCUUAUCGGUCAUUUCAGCUAUUGUUUCAUUGAUUAUCAAAAACUGAGUAAAAUAGAAUUAAAUUAGUGAUCAAC